AUGAGCUGGUUCGGUGGCGCGCCCCCACCGCCACCGCCACCCCCUCCUGCCGAUGAAGAGGGCCUUCUCUCCUCCUUCCGCCGCACGAUCGGCCUGGCCCCACCCCCUCCGCCCCCGCCUGCCAGCAAGCUAGACUCGGUGAUGGGGAUGGUGGGGUUGGGUCCGCGACGCGAACCCACGCUUAUGGACGAGUUCAACGAAGCCACCACGCUCUCUUACAAAAACCGGUUGUAUGGCUUUGGCAUCUGUUUGGCCGUGUCGAUUCUCUUCUUCUUCCUGUCGGUGCUGUUCAUCUACAUCUUGCUUUUCGCCGCCUUUGGCGUGUUCUACACCAUCGGCAACCUUUGCCUCUUGGGAAGCUCCUUCUUUUUGAUCGGUCCGACGCGACAGCUCAAGAUGAUGUUCAAGCCCAUUCGACUAAUCGCCACCAUCAUCUACCUCGGCGCACUGGGCAUGACCCUCUUCGUGGCCAUCUACACCAAGUCAGCCCUGCUCGUGCUGAUCUGCGUCAUCAUCCAAAUCUGCGCCAUCGUGUGGUAUGUGGCGAGCUAUCUGCCUUUCGCGCAGACGCUGUUGAAGAAGUGCUGCGGCGCGUGUGCGGACAGCAUCACCAGCGUUUAG